AUGGAUCAUUCCAGCGAACCCAACAACGCGGCCCUUUACGAUGCCCGGAGACGCAGGGGCUCCGUCGGAACUUCUCAGCUCUUCGAAAACAUUGUGUCCGCCUCCAACUUCGAUCGCGAUGAAGUGGACCGUCUCCGCAAGCGCUUCAUGAAGCUUGAUAAGGACAGCUCCGGCACCAUCGACCGCGAUGAAUUCCUCUCCCUUCCUCAAGUCUCCUCCAACCCGCUCGCCACGAGAAUGAUCGCCAUCUUCGACGAAGACGGCGGCGGCGAUGUCGACUUCCAAGAGUUCGUGUCCGGGUUAUCAGCCUUUAGCUCCAAGGGCAACAAAGAAGAGAAGCUGCGCUUCGCAUUCAAAGUAUACGACAUCGAUCGCGACGGGUACAUUUCCAAUGGCGAAUUGUUCAUCGUGCUGAAGAUGAUGGUCGGAAACAAUCUUAAGGAUGUGCAGUUGCAGCAGAUUGUUGAUAAGACCAUCAUGGAGGCUGAUAAGGAUGGUGAUGGCAAGAUUAGCUUCGAGGAGUUCACGGAUAUGGUUGAGAAUACGGAUGUUAGUUUGAGUAUGACGUUGAGUAUGUUCCCUGAUACCGUUUAUACUCUUGUUUGGGGGAGUGAGGGUUGCUGA